UAAUAUCCCCCGAUCCCAAUCAUUACCUCCCCAUAGCCUCCCCCAAAUCCCUUCCGAAUCCCUCAAAUGCUUCCUUCCAGACCCGCCACUGCCCUCCUAAAUCAAUUCAAAUCCACUACACCCUUUCAAACCUCCCGAAAUCCCAUAAAUCUCCCCUCAAACCCGUUCUGUGUCCCCCCACAGAUCCCCAAAGCUCCUUCAGACUUCCUCGUCACCCAGGUUUCCUCUGAGAGGGCUGUGGGUGGAUUUGGGGAGCUGUGGAGACAGGUUCAAGUAUUUUUGGGGUCCCCCGACCCCCUUCCUUCAGGAUGGGGGCUACAGUCUUUGUGCAGCCCCUGGACUUGGUGAAGAAUCGGAUGCAGCUGAGCGGGGCUGGGGCCAAGGGCCGUGAGUACCGGACGUCCCUGCACGCCCUGGGGUCCAUCCUGCGCCACGAGGGACUGAGGGGCAUCUACACGGGGCUGUCAGCGGGGCUUCUGCGCCAGGCCACCUACACCACCACCCGCCUGGGCAUCUACAGCGUCCUCCUGGAGCGUUUUGGUGGUGCUGAUGGGACCCCCCCUCCAUUCCUGGCCAAGGCAGCCAUGGGAAUGACGGCAGGGGCUGCGGGGGCCUUUGUGGGGACCCCGGCUGAGGUGGCCCUCAUCCGCAUGACAGCUGAUGGCAGGCUGCCCCCUGGUGAGCGCCGCGGCUAUCACAACGUGUUUGACGCCCUCGUGAGGAUGGCAAGGGAGGAAGGGGUGUUCACGCUGUGGAGGGGCUGUAUCCCCACCAUGGCCCGUGCUGUGGUGGUCAACGCUGCCCAACUUGCCUCAUACUCCCAAUCCAAACAAUUCUUGCUUGACUCUGGGCAUUUCCGUGACGACAUCCUGUGCCACUUCUGUGCCAGCAUGAUCAGUGGGCUGGUGACCACGGCAGCCUCCAUGCCCGUCGACAUCGUCAAGACCCGGAUCCAGAACAUGCGGACAAUAGACGGGAAACCUGAGUACCGCAAUGGGCUGGACGUGCUGCUGAAGGUGGUGCGGUAUGAGGGCUUCUUCAGCCUCUGGAAGGGCUUCACCCCCUACUAUGCCCGCCUGGGCCCCCACACCGUGCUCACCUUCAUCUUUCUUGAGCAGAUGAACAAGUGGUACCAGCGGCUCUUCCUCAGUGCCUGACACCCCCCGGGGGG